AUGAGCACCAACAGCGAGUUACAGAACAUAAUAUCUGAGGCAUCUUCGUUCAAUGCUCAGGCAGAACCCGAAAGGGCGUUGCAGGUGCUGCAGCCUCAGUUUGAAAAGUUUGGUGACAGUCCUAUCUUCCUUCAAAUCCUGGGAGAGACGCUACUAGAAGUCUCUGAGUUGGAACAAGCAUAUGAGGUUCUGAUCAGAGCCUGUGAGCUUGAUCCAGAAGUCCAGUAUGGAAGUGAAAAGUAUCUAUAUCUUGGCCAGAUUAUUGGAGGUGCCGAUGGCCUGCACUACUUGGAGGUGGGCUACAAUGCGUUGAUGAAUACUCUCAGUGGACUAAGCUCAAAAUCGGAUCUUACCGGGGUUUUGAGUGCUUUUGAGUCUGUUGAUUUGGCAAGGAGAUAUCUGGUGGAAAAAACAAACCAGGCGCUGUUUGCUUCGAUUGACAUCUGGAUGACGGAUCUGUGUAUGGAACCCGAAGCAGAGACCCAAUGCGAGGAGCUAAUUCAAAAAUCGAUGAGCCUGGAUAACGAGUCUAAUGCUGAGAGUUGGUCUGUUUUGGCCAGUAUAAGGAUAUCGCAACAGAAAGAUGAAGAGGCCAGGCAUGCCAUCAGCAAAUCGUGGGACCUUUUCAGACUCAAGAAAGAGAGGUUGGAGCAAUUGGCCGAGCAAAACUCCGAUGAGGACCCCAACGACAUCAAUCAGGAAUACAUAAACUUGGUGCAGCCGCUGAUCACUUUGUGCAAGUAUGCCAUUGAACUUGGACUUUUGUUUUCGGCCAUUGAGAUUGCCUCCAGUGUGCAAGAUAUCAACGAGCAAUCAGUGGAAAGUUUCCACCUUGAAGGUUUCGCCAAUUAUCUGUGUGCUCUAUCGGUCCAAAACCAGGUCGAUCCUGACAACUCUAAAGAAAUUACGCAAAAAUUUGACUCUUACAGCAUCAGGCUCGGCGACGAGAGUUCGAGUGAUUAUAUAUAUGACGCACGUGUGGCAUUAAGCGGCGCCUACAAGCUGCUGCAAGUUGACUCCAUUCUCGAGGAGACCGAUCCCGAGUUGGCUGGUCAGGUCCACGAUCUUUUAGCUCAAGUGGGCGGGUUUCUGCUGAAACCGCAGGAGGAGCAGGUUGAUGAGACAAAUUGGGAAGCUCAGAUAGAGGACUAA